CGUUGCUUGCACAAUGGCAAGAUUGAUAAGAUAAAAAGACGGAYUGAAACAACAAACUGGCGUGAUGGCGUUCCUUCGAAAUUUGCUCGAUGACUACGACGACGACUACGACAUUGAUAACGGUGUUGACAAUGACGAUUAUGUUGUACCCAAAGUAGCAUCGCCUUCCCAUCCUGUCGGCAAUGCUCCGCUCGAGUACAAUCACCUUUGCUAUUCAACUGGAUUAGACUGUGCACCAARCUUAAUUCUUUCGGAUUCAGAAGAGUCUUCCUCGUACGCAUCGUGCGGUACACAGGAGUUUUUUGAUCUGGAGGAAAUAUCGAACACACUAAACUUGAUGGAAAAUUGGCAGAAGCUCCGCAGAAGAGUAAAGUUUGGUUCCGCACAUGUUCGAGAAUAUGCCAUUACUGUAGGCGACCAUCCUAUAUGUCGAGAUGGUCUUGCACUWAGCUUGGAUUGGUUUCAUGCGAAAGAAAAAGUGUACGAUAUCGAYGACUAUGAACUUUUGAUUCGGCAACGAGAGAAUCAGCGSAGAGGAAUCCGAAGGAAGCGGAGGGUGUCAAAAUUAGACUAUUGGCAGAGACGUGAAAUGCUAAAUCGCGUUGGUUCUUACUCAAACGCGGAUCUCUCUCGAAUGCAGUGCGAACUAAACCAAGAAGCAGUUUCUGAAUUUCUUCAAGAAGGUUGCGCAGAUGAUUUUGGCCCACAUCUAGAACUGGAAUAUGAAGACGAAAGCAUUGAACUCGAACAAGUUUGUAACACCAACGAAGAUUCUUCCUGUAUAUAUGGAGGGCGUGAAUUAUUUGGAUGGCAAAUGAACGUCCAAAUACUCGAAUGAGUUUUGAAAUCGAUGACGACACUAAACCAACGGUACUAUACGCUGCAUCCCAUGCAUCUUUAGAUGAAAUGUGRCAAUGCUAAAAGUGAUCGGUAUCAAUGCACGUUAUGUGCUAAAUCAUUUUUAUUUACGGACGAAGCACGAUGUGUACACAUGUAGUAUUAGAAAUGAUCGUAAUGCACCUUGGAUUUCAUCAUURAAUAAGAAMGACAAGUUCUCGGCAAAUAUGUCCURAAGUAGACGUAUCUAUAGGGAUCAUCUCGCCUAUGCAUUUGUUGGUUGGAAGUCGUAAGUGCGAGGUAGAGUUAAGGUUUGAAUUUCUUGCAUCUACAGAAUUCAGAUCAAUUAUUAUUCUCGUUUAUAUUAUUUAACAAUGUACCAUAUAAACAAGAGAAUCUGAAGAAGAUUGGUAACGGCAAGUUGCACUUUUUCAUUAACGAUUUGACGGAUACUAACAACAUAGAAURGUUAUUUUAACAUGGUAAUUUACCAUGAUCGGUACAGUUUUUAGGUAUCUCGCYAUCCAAUCUUUACUUCUCCAGACAAAAAGUUCUCUCUCGCUUUCGCUAUCCACCAAUGUUUACAUUACACCACAAUUGCUCUCUCUCUCUUUCUAGACAUCAAGCCUACAUUUACACCACAAUGGCUUCAGUCACGUCGCCGGUAGACGGAGGCAAACCAGUUUCAGUGCAACAUUGACCAGAAACUUCGUCGUAAUUUGCCGUUUGGUUCGCCAUUUGAACAGCGGAGCAACAAGGACACCAGAAUACGAGACAGCAAUCUUCGCAUCCGACACAAGUUGAUUCGCUGAUGCUAUAUUUUGCUCGGAUUGCCAUACGAAGCCUGACCAUUAAAAYAAAAGUGUACAAAGCACAAACAGAGUUGAUGGUGCCGGCGASUCCACUCAAUGAAGUAUUGCAAUGCUCAUUCUUAACCAGAACGGUGACACCAUCCUCAGWUUCGCCAGGGAUAUAUUCCGAACAGUUGAACACCUUAAAGAUAAUAUAGUUCACGAUUGCGAUUACCAAAACGAUUUUGAAGGUGUCCUUAUAUUCCCCAGCUACGGAGGGACUUCCAAACCAUGUCAUCUUCAUCCGUGUGAGCAACUGGACCCCAUYCACGACAGUAGUGCGACGGACAUAGAAUUGCGGGUGGAAAUGGAUAGAGUGAGAGAUAGACAGAGUGGRCCAAAAAAUGAUUGUAUGUAAUUCCAAUGAAUGGCGUCGACACAGAUGACGGUGACAUACCUGACCCAUCAAUAUAGUCGGUGUGAAGCAAGCACACCAUAGGGGAGGAUGGCAAAAGCCAUACUGGAAGCAGGAACACAAUGCAGUCUUCCAGUUUCUUGCGCUUUUAGCGGAGGCAGACCCCUCAACUGCCUUUGCGUCCGUCACAAUCAAURUGUCUUUCUCCGUUGCCAUGAUUUUGAUAGAAUCAAAUUUCUUUUCUCGUUUUCAAUGUCGAAGUUGUGGGGAGACUGUUAUGAUAUGAAUAAUUGCACACUAGCAAU